CGAGUCCUGGCAAUUCGGAGGCUGGCGGCCACCAAGCGUGGGUCACCCUUGUUUUACCUUGCGGCAGUACUGCCGCCAUUAGCUUCUCCAGCACACCACGCCCGCGCACAGCACAAACUACAUCCCAUCUCCAGCCUCGACAUCCUGCUCGCCUUGCAACACCCCAAUCAAUCGUUCUCUGGAAACAUAGCCGUCCUGUGGGUCGCGUGGCUCCCGAGGCUAGCCUUGCCGACCCUCUUCCCGCACAGCUCUCGACAGCUUCGGACAAAGGCGCAGAACGCCGCUCGUCCGUGCUGUCCAGCACCAGUCUGCAGCUCAACAAACACCACAUCCUCGCUAGCUGUCGCGCAUGGCCGAUUCAGACGUGCAUCAUGCCUUUCAUGACGAAGCCCCCAUAGGCGAGGACUCGAUCCUCUCGACCCGAGGUAUCGAGGCCUUCACCCGGAAGGUGACGACGACUGCGAGCCACCUCGUUGGGCCAAUCGCCGACCAAGGAGCCACGACCGGCUCCAGCUACCACACUGCCAUGGCCGAGGUCCACAAGCAGCUCCGGAGGCCAGGCAUCCAGCGCAGCGUCUUCUCCAUGGCCAGGACGACACCAACCGACCUCGUACGCUCCAAGUUCUCGACCGCCGAGAUCCAGACACGUGCACUGUCGUAUCUGUCGGACGACCUGCUGCAGAACAUCCCCGAGGACCAAAACUCGUACUCGUUAUUCCAGGGCUUUCAGGCCAGCCAUCCCGAUUUCCAUGAGGAGGGGAGGAAACACCGGAGGCGGGUAUCGAGGGGCCGCAAGAUGAUUGACGACCGCCCUCACAGCCCUGGGAGUCCCCCGCAGCACCUGCAGAAGCUCAAGAAGGAGCGGUCGUCGCUGAUGCACGAGCUCGAAAUGCUGGGCGUCCGCAAGAACAUGGCCUCUAGCGAGAUUCGCGAGAUCGACAUCAAGAUCGCCAACCUCAGUGGCAUGCGGAGGAUCAUUCUGGAGAGGCUAGCAGGGCUUGAGCAGGAGGAGGCACUCAUCGAACACGACAUUGCGGACAUGGAUGGGCGGAUAGAUGACGCCGAGAUACUCGUCCAGGAAGCCGAAGCUAUCGCAGCGCAAACACCCACCCGGUCCGACGAGGACGACCUAGUCACUGACCAGGAAGCCGAGGAAUUCAUGUCGCAGUCUGUGUAUGACAAGAUCCCAUCAGAACAAGGCACGCCUACCAAGACUACCAAGCGAGCCCGCUUACGGACGCGCAAGUCGAUGCCCAUUCUCCAUGAGCACUUUGAGCCCGGCACGAUGAUUCGCGAAAUCAAGGCGCACGUAGACGACGUUACGGCUAUGGACUUUGACGUGCCGUUCGGCACCUUGGUUACUUCUGGCAUGGAUGACACACUCAAGGUCUGGGAUCUGAAUGCUGGGCUUUGCAUUGGCACUCUCGAAGGUCACACUGCCUCUGUCCGCGCGCUCCAGGUCCAGGACAACUUCUUGGCGACGGGAGGCGCCGAUGCCACCAUUCGUCUCUGGGACUUGAGCAGAGCACACUAUGACCCGCAGGGCAAUCAUUUCGGUGAAGGCGAGGGCGAGGACGAAGGCUUGGCGUUUGUCAAUGUAAAUGACCUACCAAUCGAGCCGCCAGAGGGCAGCAUGGCCGACUGCGCCUUGUACUCUCUGAAUGGCCAUGUCGACGAGAUCACGGCACUGCAUUUCCGAGGUGACGUUCUUGUCUCGGGUUCUGCUGACAAGACCUUGCGGCACUGGGACCUCGAGAAGGGACGCUGCGUGCAAACACUGGAUGUCAUGUGGGCAGCUGCACAGGCCUCGGCGACACUCGGCUCAGGCGAGACGACAUGGAGGCAGCCCACGCGGCCGGCCUCGCGGUCGGCCGACUUUGUGGGCGCCCUGCAAGUGUUUGAGUCUGCGCUGGCUUGCGGCACGGCUGACGGCAUGGUCCGGCUGUGGGAUCUGCGGAGUGGCCAGGUUCAUCGCAGCCUGGUUGGCCACACCGGCCCGGUGACGUGCCUGCAGUUUGACGAUGUGCAUCUCGUGACGGGCAGUCUGGAUCGCAGCGUGCGGAUUUGGGAUCUGAGGACCGGCUCCAUCUUUGACGCUUUCGCCUACGACAACCCGGUGACGAGCAUGAUGUUUGACGCACGGCGCAUUGUGAGCGCGGCGGGCGAGGACGUUGUCAAGGUGUAUGACAAGAUGGAAUCGCGGCAGUGGGACUGCGGCGCGGGCAUCACGCAAGCCGAGGAGAACAGGACGCCAGCCAUUGUGGAGCAUGUGCGCAUCCGGGACGGCUACCUGGUGGAGGGCCGCCGCGAUGGCCUCGUUGGUGUCUGGGCUUGCUAGAACAGUGCCUUUGCGGGCUAUAGACAAAUUAACAAGCGCAGGCUGCCAGCGAAACCUGCUUGCAAGAGAGAGUUUCCAACGAGUUUCGGGCUUGAGACGUGCUAAAGCCGGUAUUCCCGCUGGCCAAGACAGGACAGCGCAUGUUGGGUACGUUGGGGUUGAUAAGUGGGAAAUGUGGAACGGCUUGAUAUGACAUUGAUAUUUGAUCCAGUUCGCAGCUCGGCAAGGAACGAUGCGGAGAGUGUCAGCACUCUAAUCCAGCCAACACCCGGGGCUCUUUGCGUGGCAUCCUACCCUUUUCGGUACUUGCCGUCCACCACCACCACAACCACCACCACCACCACCACUAGCCAGGCACUUAUGCUCUCGGCCAUGCAUGUAAUCCCGUCGUUGGGUU